GAACCGAGAUAUGAAAAUAAAAGUGGCGUCUUUAUGACUGGUAUAGAUAUUUUCAGUAAAGAGGAAAAACAAAAAAUUGAAGAACGCGCCAAGCGUUUCGGACUGACUGACAAAGAAAUAUUCUCUCACUUGGAAGAAUACCAAGAUUUAUAUUCUAGCAUGGGCAUCACCGAAGAAAAUGAAAGUACUAAGAAUUUUCGGCUGAACGUUUUACAUAUAAGAGGAACUGAAGAAAUGAGUACAAAAGACGUAUUCAAAUACUUUGAGGACUAUGCACCAGCUUCAAUAGAAUGGAUUAACGACGUUUCAUGUAAUCUUGUGUGGCUCGAUUCUGCUUCUACUGCAAGAGCGUUAUUGGGUUUGUCCAAGAAAAUAAUUGGUGUGGGCAACCGAACUCGAACUGAUUUAAGCCCUAAGUCCAAUGACAGCAAUAAUGAAUGUGUUAUCGAAGUUGAUACUGAAGAUAAAAUUGAAGCAAUCGAUGAUAAAAUGGAUGAAAAUGUUACCAGCGAAAAAGAAAUUCACGUAAAAAAUAUAAACUAUCCUUUGCCUCCAGGCAUAUGGAGAAAAGGAAUCGAUUGUCCCAAGUCCAAAGGAAUCUUUAUGAGAUUUGCUAUAAGAUCGGAAAAGAAACAACAUGCUGAAAAAAUGAGCGAAUAUUACAAAAAGUAUGGAAAUCCCAACUUUGGAGUAAAGACAAGAAGCUCCGUUUCUACGAGAGGAAAGAGAGAAAGUAGGAAAAAUAGUACAUGAAAGAAACUCCUUUCC